GUUUCGUUAAUCAAUACAUUUCCGGUUGCGGCCAUUUGUAAGCGUCUUCUCUGGGAAAUUACGUUACAACUUUACAAGUGAUUUUGUGACUGUUUACUUCUCCCUUUGUUUAAUUAAAAUUACGUUUUAAGAUUUGUUAAAAAUGUUGAAUACCGGUUUUAAAAGUCUCCUUUUCAAUAGAUUAAGAAUGAGUGUGGAAGACGUAGAACGCUCAAGAGAACGCGAUAGGUCUGCACGAGAUCGUACUAGGUUUAAUGAUCAAAGCAGAGAUCGAAGUCCUGACAGAGGCAAGGCUCGUGGUGCCAACAAAUCUUCUCCAUGUCGCGUUUAUGUUUCUAAUAUCCCCUACGAAUAUCGUUGGCAAGAUAUGAAAGAUCUGUUCCGAAAGGAGGUUGGCGAUGUCUCCUUUGUUGAGCUCUUUGUAGACGAAUCUGAUAAACCACGUGGGUGUGGCAUUGUCGAGUUCUCUGACAAUGCGUCCGUAAAGAAAUGUCUUGAAGUAAUGCAUCGUUUCGAAUUGAAAGGGAGAAAGUUGGUUAUUAAGGAGGACUACGGGAAUCAACGAGAUAAGUUUGGGAAUCUCGUCGGGUCUGCUGCCAGUAAACGUGCUCGCGAUCGCGAGGAUGGCAAAGUUAGCUUUCGUGAUGAACGUCGUCCAACUGGUGGAUUCGAUGCACCUAAUCAAAUGAAUUCGAAUCAAGAUUUUUCUGAUAGGAGCAACACAUAUGGCUUAAGCCCGUCAUUCUUGGAUUCGUUGGGUAUCAAUCUUCCAUUAAUCAGCAGAGUGUUUGUCGCCAAUUUGGAUUAUAAAGUGGAUAAGAAGAAACUUAAGGAAGUGUUUAGGUUGGCCGGAAAGGUACAAAGGAUUGAUUUGUCCGCUGAUAAAGAUGGGAAAAGUAGAGGGUUUGCUGUCCUUGAAUAUGAUCACCCUGUCGAAGCAGUACAAGCUAUUUCUAUGUUCCACAAUCAAGUGUUAUACGAUCGUAUCAUGACAGUACGUAUGGAUCGUGAAGGUGAUAAAGGAAUUGUAAAAUUACCAGACGGUUUGAAAGAUAUAGGAAUGGGGUUGGGUUCCAACGGUGAACCGUUAAGAGAUGUGGCUCGAAACUUACCUUCCGUUAAUAAUCAACCUCCUCAACCAUCGGGCGCUGGUAUAUUGGGAGCGGUUCCAUCGGUACCGUUGGGUAUAGGAAAUUUGGGUAAUUUAAGCACAGUCGGUUCUUCGGCUCUUAACAAUUUAAGUACAAAUGCAGCUGUGUUGCAAGCUGCUAACCUUGCGGGUGUAGGUGGUUUGUCGAGUAAUUUACUUGCGAAUAGUCUGGGAGGUGGGGAUUUGGGACUAGCCGCCAGUCUGGUUAAUAAUCCACUUGUUCAAAAUCAAUCGUUGGCCGCACUUACCGGUACAGGAAAUCUGGGAGGAGGCAGUUCCUUGAAUAGUUCAAGCUUCUCUCGCAAUGAUUUGGGCAGCUCUCAGAACAACUCAAGUUUUCAAAGUUCAGUAUUAUCGCAAAACAAGAACUACCUAGGUGGUGGAAACAGAUCAUUCGACGAUAAAUCUUCGAAUUUUGAUUUUGGCAAUGCAGAUAGAGACUCUCGUAAUAAACCCAAUCAAAAUGCAUACGGUGGAGUAAAUAACGGAAAUCAAAUGCUGCGAGGAGGAAGAGUAACUGACAUGAAUGCUGGUGGUGGUGGAGGCGGCGUCGGCGGUGGUGGCGAAAAUGGUUAUUCAAAUAAAAUAUUGAUCUCCAAUCUUCCGCCAACGGCAAGUUAUAAAAUGAUCACUGAAAAAUGCAGCGAGUUUGGAGAAGUUCAACGGUUUGAAGACAAAGGCAACAAUGGUCUUCUUGUUGUAUUUGGUUCACAGUGGGAAGCAGAACGUGCUAUAAAAAACAUGGAUCGUGCUCGUAUUAACGGACGGACCAUUGAUGUUCGAUUCUUUUACUAAGCUAUCAAUUUCGUUUUAAAAUUUCAUUAGGUUAGAUAUAGUUGUAUACCUUGGGUACUUUACUUUUUUUAUAUUUAAAACCACAAAAUCGACCCAGAUUUGGUUUCGACAAAAAGACACUGAUCUAUAUUAGGUUUUAAAUUUUUUCGCAUCGUGUGAGAUUUUAUAUUUUAAUUCGAACAGUUGUUUAUGUAUCGCUUAAUAGUUAAGUCAUUUAAAUAUCUGUAUUCAAUGUUCGUAGGUUACUGAUUAGGGUUCGUUUGGUGUCUUUGCGUCAUGUACAUUUUAUUGCUGUAUCUACUGUUGUGUCACUUGGGCAUUAUUUCAAGAUUUCGUCUGUGCUGCAAUGGUAAUAGGUAAGUUUGAAGUCCGUUAAUCACUGGUUUAGGAUAUUGGGUUCUACUUGUUGAAGUGGUUGGUAGAGUUUGUGUUCCAUUUGCACGAUCGAAGUAAAAGAUGUUCGUUUACCUGGGGUGUACUAUUUUGAUUGGAGGAUUAUGGAGGCAAUCGUUCUUGGUAUUGUGUGGGCUCGAAAUUUUUGCAAAUGGAACGCAGUGAUACCCGGUAUUGUUUCUCAUUUACAGGCUUCGAGGUUCUACUUUCUGCGGUUCAUUUGGAAUAGUCACAUUUUUGCAAUACAACCAUGUCAUUACUUAUAUUAUGUGAAUAUUAAUAAAUUUUUUUUUAUAGGUAACUUCCUUUGAGAAUGGUUGACCCUACAAUGAUUGUUUUGGACAAUGAUUUCAUACAUGAAGCUUGGAACCCUACAGCUAUGGUGAAGAAAUAAUUAAGUUUGAUUUUUAUCGAUCCGACAUUUCAUUUCAUCUAUUUGACAUAAACGCUUUAGACUGUUAAUGUACAAAUUCUUUUGUAUAAUUUAUACAAAAUAUAUAUUAUCAAUUGUAA